CGCGGGCCGCGAGCCCCGGUGAGUGCACACCUGGCGCGCGGCGGGGCUGCCGGAUGUGUCAGCUUGUCGCGCAGCAGCCGAGAUGGCCGGGGCGAGAGGCCCUCCACACCCCCUCCGUGGGUGUGUGGGUGGUGUACCAUGGCCGAUUUUGCCCAGGGAAGUUUUGCGGUAGCAGAUUAUGCCUUGUUAGAAGAUUGCCCUUACGUGGAUGAUUGUGUCUUUGCCCCUGAGUUUAUGUCCAGUGAUUAUGUUCGUGUAACUCAGCUUUACUGUGAUGGAGUGGGUAGACAGUAUAAAGAUUAUACCCAAACUGAGGGAAACUUAGAAUUUGACAUCUGCACUAUGUGGUGUAGUAAACCUGUUUCUGUCCUGCAAGAUUACUGUGAUGCCAUUAAAGUCCACAUCUUCUGGCCACUUCUGUUUCAACGUCAGCAGAGCUCUAUAAUAACACGGAUGCACUCCUGUGUAAGGACCAGCGGUUCUCAUGCUUGUGAGAUAAGUUUGAAGAAAUUACAGCAGCUUGAGCUGAUGGAAGAUAUUGUGGAUUUGGCAAAGAAAGUUGUGAAUGAUACAUUCUUUAUCGGAGGCUUAUUGAGAAUUGGCUAUAAAAUAGAGAACAAAAUCUUGGCAAUGGAAGAAGCUUUGAAUUGGGUGAAAUACACAGGCGAUGUAACAAUUUUAUCUAAAUUAGGAGCAGUUGACAAUUGUUGGCGUAUGUUAAGUAUUUUCUUUACUGAAUACAAGUAUCACAUAACUAAAAUUGUAACAGAAAACUGCUGUUUGCUUGAAGAAUUUAAAACUCAAAGUUGUGCGGAGUGUCUAGAGCAAGGAGAACUAAUGAAAAUGAAAGGAAAUGAAGAGUUUUCCAAAGAAAGAUAUGAUAUAGCUAUUAUCUAUUACUCCAGAGCCAUUGAAUGUAGGCCUGAAAAUCACCUGCUUUACGGUAACCGAGCUCUUUGUUUUCUUCGUACUGGACAAUUCAGAAAUGCACUUGGUGAUGGAAAGAGAGCUACCAUUCUGAAGAACAAUUGGACAAAGGGUCAUUAUCGUUAUUGUGCUGCUCUUUCUAUGCUGGGGGAAUAUGACUGGGCCCUGCAAGCAAACAUAAAAGCUCAAAAACUCUGUAAAAAUGACCCUGAGGGAAUCAAGGAUCUAAUUCAGCAGCAUGUAAAGUUACAAAAACAGAUAGAAGACCUGCAAGGUCGAACACCAGCUAGUAAUCCAGUCAAAGCCUUCUCUGAAAGCAGGGCCUACAUACCUAGUUUAUCAGCACCUGCAUUUAGUACUUCACUUAACUUUGUGGAAACUGAAAAAAAUUUCAGAAAAACUAACCACGAAAUGGCAAACGGUGGUAAUCAGAAUCCAAAGGUGGUAGAUGAAGCUCUGAAAGUAGAUGAUUGUGACUGUCAUCCUGAAUUUGUACCACCAUCAAGUCAGCCUCCAAAAUAUAAAGGGAAACAAAAAGCUCGAAACAAUGAAUUGGAGAAGUUCAGCCCUGGUUCACAAGAAACUUUACCAGUAGAUUUGAAAAAUAUCUUGGAGAAACAGUUUUCUAAAUCUUCCAGAGCUGCACACCAGGAUUUUGCUAAUAUAAUGAAAAUGCUGAGAAGCUUAAUCCAGGAUGGCUACACGGCCUUGCUGGAGCAGCGCUGCCGCAGUGCUGCCCAGGCCUUCACAGAGUUGCUCAACGGUUUAGAUCCUCAAAAAAUAAAGCAAUUGAAUCUGGCCAUGAUUAACUACGUGUUAGUAGUCUACGGACUUGCCAUUUCACUCCUUGGAAUAGGACAGCCUGAGGAGUUAUCUGAAGCUGAAAACCAAUUUAAGAGGAUGAUUGAACACUACCCCAAUGAGGGACUUGAUUGCUUGGCCUACUGUGGAAUUGGAAAAGUAUAUUUGAAAAAAAACAGAUUUUUAGAAGCUCUUAAUCAUUUUGAGAAAGCAAGAACCUUGAUCUGUCGUCUUCCUGGAGUGUUAACUUGGCCCACGAGUAAUGUGAUUAUUGAGGAGACUCAGCCAGGGAAGAUAAAGAUGCUGUUAGAAAAAUUCGUUGAAGAAUGCAGGUUCCCUCCAGUGCCGGAUGCCACUUGUUGCUAUCAGAAGUGCCAUGGAUAUUCCAAAAUUCAGAUAUAUAUAACUGAUCCAGACUUCAAGGGUUUUAUACGAAUCAGCUGUUGCCAGUAUUGUAAAAUAGAAUUUCACAUGAACUGCUGGAAGAAGUUAAAAACAACAACCUUCAAUGAUAAAAUUGACAAGGAUUUUCUGCAAGGAAUUUGUCUUACUCCUGAUUGUAAAGGAAUCAUUUCAAAGAUUAUCAUCUUCAGCAGUGGUGGUCAAGUUAAAUGUGAAUUUGAACACAAGGUCAUUAAAGAAAAGCUUCCUCCAAGACCUAUUCUGAAACAGAAAUGUUCUAGCCUAGAGAAGUUGAGGCUGAAAGAAGACAAAAAAUUGAAACGAAAGCUCCAAAAAAAGGAAGCAAAAAAAUUAGCACAAGAAAGACUGGAAGAGGACCUAAGGGAAAGUAACCCACCAAAAACUGAAGAGCAGAGAGAAACUGUCAACCGUGUCCAAAGUUGCCAGUUCCUUGAUGACAGAAUUCUGCAGUGCAUAAAGCAGUACGCUGACAAGAUUAAGUCCGGGAUACUGAAUACUUCCAAGCUUCUCAAAGAAUUGCUUUCUUGGAAGGUUUUAACCACAGAAGACUACACAACGUGUUUUUCUAGCAGAAAUUUCCUGAAUGAAGCAGUGGACUAUGUUAUUCGUCAUUUGAUCCAGGAAAAGAACAGAGUAAAGACAAGGGUAUUUCUGCAUGUUUUGAGUGAGCUUAAAGAAGUGGAGCCAAAACUAGCCACCUGGAUCCAGAAACUUAAUAGCUUUGGCUUAGAUGCCACAGGACCUUUCUUUUCUCGUUAUGGGGCUCCUCUUAAGGAGCUUGAUUUUAGCAUCAUGACUUUUCUCUGGAAUGAGAAAUAUGGUCAUAAGCUAGGCUCUAUAGAAGGAAAGCAACUUGAUUAUUUCUAUGAGCCUACGUCACUGAAGGAAGCACGGUGUUUAAUAUGGCUGCUGGAAGAACACAGAGACAAGUUCCCGGCACUGCAUAAUGCCCUGGACGAGUUCUUUGAUAUAAUGGACAGCCGCUGCACUGUGUUAAGGAAACAGGACAGUGGUGACGUGCCAUUUAAUUUUACCAAGAUAAAAAACAAAGGCAAGAAAAAGAAGCCAAAAGAUUCAAAGCCUAUGUUAGUUGGAUCUGGAACACCUUCAGUCACACCAAACAAUGAGACUUUCACUUCAGGUGAAGACCAUAUCAAACGCAGUUUAAAUUCUGCGGGCCCCUUUGUAGUGCCUGAUCACCUUCGGCAGGAUGUAGAAGAAUUUGAAGCUCUGUAUGAACAGCAUAGUAAUGAGUAUGUUGUCCGUAAUAAGAAGCUGUGGGACAUAAACCCAAAACAAAAAUGUUCAACUCUAUAUGAUUAUUUCUCUCAGUUGUUGGAGGAACAUGGUCCCUUGGACAUGAGUAACAAGAUGUUUUCUGAAGAAUAUGAGUUCUUCCCAGAAGAAACUCGACAGAUACUAGAAAAAGCAGGAGGUUUGAAAGCGUUUCUCCUGGGAUGUCCUCGUUUUGUUGUGAUUGACAACUGUAUUGCAUUGAAGAAAGUAGCAUUACGGCUCAAGAAAAAGAGAAAGAAGAAAAACAUUAAGACAAAAGUAGAAGAAAUUUCAAAAACAGGAGAGUAUUUACGAGUUAAACUACCACUGGAUCCAACUGCUAGGGAAUUUAAACCAGAUGUAAAGUCCAAACCAGUGUCUGACUUACCUUUAGCACCAGCUUCUGAGGACAUGAAGCCUCAGCCUGCAUCUGCUAAUUCUCCCCAAUCAGCUCGUGACACUGGGAAGCCGAAACCAGUUUCCGAUAAUUCUUCCAGAUCAGUUUCUGAGGAUGAGAAGCCCAAAGGGAUAUCUUCUGAUUCUCCCAGGCCAGUCCCUGAGGAGACCAGUCACAAGCCAGUCUCCUCUAAUUCUCCCAAACCAGUUCCCGAGGAAGUGAAAGCGACCUAUUGGCCUCGACCCCAGUUGGUCACAGGAUACUGUACAUAUCUUCCCUUUCGGGGAUUUGACAUUACCCAGACACCACCAGCCUUCAUCAGUGUGUUACCGACUUUGCCCCAGUAUAGCAUUUACACCCCUCUGGCCAGCGUUCCUACUGAGUAUCAUCUGCAAAGACCAAUACCACUGGUGCCAUCUUUUGUAGCCAGUGACAUAACGGAAGUGCAUUUUGAGGCUCCUCAUUUCAGUGCUGAGAAUGCCCCUGGUAACCAGAUUGCCUCCGAAACACAGAUCCUUGAGGAAUCUUUGGAAACACCAGUGAAGUCAGAGUGCAGCUCUGAUGGUGCUGAUAUAGCCCAGAGUGAGGCUAGCGGAAACGAGGACUACUGUGGAGAUUCUGCCAAGUGGGAAGUAAAUCCAGAAAGCACCAAUAAAGUAACAAAUAUUCCGUGUACACAAGUGGUUGCCGUACAGGUGUCUUGGAAUAUAACACAUCAGGAAGUCAAUACUGAGCCAUAUGGUCCUUUUGAGGCACAACAGGGGGGUAUUUCACAGGUUGAAAAGGAGUACCAGGUUUUACAAGAGCAGCUUAAGGAAGCAUGUGAAAAUUAUGAACACAGCAAUGUCAAAGGCUCAGAAGAAACCAAGGACUUGGAAGAAAAGUUGAAAAGGAACGUUGAAGAAAAUAAGAUCUCAAAGACAGAACUAGAUUGGUUCCUUGAAGAUUUGAACAAGGAAAUUAGAAAAUGGGAACAGGAGAAAAAAGAAAUCCAAGAAAGACUAAAGGCACUGAAGAAGAAAAUGAAAAAGGUGUUGAAUGCCAGCAGAAUGUAUACUCAGGAAAACGAUGGAAAGGAAAAGGCGCUUGAAUUACUUCUGGAUCAGUCCCUUGAAAUCAGUAAUACAUUUACAAAUGAGAAAAUGAAAAUAGAAGAGAGUAUAAAGAAAGGGAAAGAGCAUUAUGAAGACAGUCUUCAGAGGGCUCUGGAUGCAGAGGUAUCUGUGCUUGAAAACUGGAAGGACGUGGAAGUGUGUAAGUUACGGAGCAUGGAGUCACAAGCCGAAGGGCUUCUCAAGAACUUGAAGCUAAUGAGCAGUGAUUCGGCCGCAUAUUCUGACAUGGACUCAGACAUACAUUCAUGGGAAUCGUUUCUUUCUGAUGUUAGAGAAGAAAUUGAGAAAGCAAAGUCUCAGUUUGAAGAACAAAUUCAGGCAAUUAAAAAUGGUUCUCGGCUCAGUGAACUUCCUAAAGUGCAGGUUUCUGAGCUUUCAUUUCCUACCUGUAACACAAUUCAUCCUAAAUUACUUCCUGAGUCUUCAGGCCAGGAUGGUCAAGGUCCCUCCACUUCUACAAGUCAUGGGACCGGAGACCAGACAGCAGCUCCUGAGGAGUCAAGUCUGGGCUCUGCCGCUGACAGCCCAGUGGAGUCGCCCUUCUGCAGUCAUAAAGCCCCCCAGCUGCCAGAGCGUGAGGGCACUGGCCAGGCAGCUGGGCCAGAACCAGGCCUGGUGGCUGAUCAGAACUUACCUGUUGCUCCAGAGCGUGCCACUCGUCCAAGCCAGUCUCCAAAGAAGCCGUUCAAUAGCAUUAUUGAGCACCUGUUGGUGGUGUUCCCUUGUUACAGCAGCACGGAGCUUGCUGGUUUUAUUAAAAAAGUUAGAAACAAAAACAAGACCUCUCUGUCUGGAUUGAGUAUUGACGAAAUUGUGCAAAGAGUGACACAACACAUCCUUGAUGAAGAGAGAAAGAAAAAGCCAAAUCCAGGAAAGGACCAGAGGCCGUCUGCACCCAGCUCUGCUGUUCCUGCACCCAGGGCCGCCCAGGACCCGCCCUCCGUGCUUGUCGGAGCAUCACCCGAAACCAGGGGGCCGAAGACCGAGGACGUCGCUGUGUCCUGUGCCAAUUCCUGUGAAAUGUGCCAAGAAGCAUUCAAGUCCAAACACGCGCGUGAGCUGCAGUGUGGGCACAGGCUUCACAAAGGGUGCUUCAAGCAGUGGCUGAAGAGCCAGCGCACCUGCCCAGCCUGCCUGGGUCACGACCUCCUGUCAGAGGAGUAGUAGCUGCCCUGCUGGAGGAGGCCCACCUGCUAUUCUCGGCAGCUACAGCUCGCGCUGGAGAUACGCUGCUUGUUGAGUUGGAAGACUAGCAGUGUACUCCCUUUGGUAUCAAAAGCAGACACCUGAAGCUUCUUUGCACUCUGUGUCGCAGUGCUAAUAAAUGGAACUCUUUAAUACAGCUGAGAGUAAGUAAUUUCCCAACUCUGACUAGAUAUACAGUAAUUGCCAAGUGGUGGCUGAUAAAAUCACGUGUAACCCCUUCCUUCUGUAGUUGGGGCUGCUGCAGAGGCGCGCUCUGAGAUGGAAGGAAAGGACAGUGAGUGCCUCAAAGCAGGACUCGAUUAUCAGCAUCCUUGGCCUGCUAAAGUGCCCCAGGGGAGAAGGUUUUUGAGAUUGGUAUUCCUGAACUUACGCCUACAUUUUUCCUCAAAGAUUCUGUGUUUUAAAAAAUGAGCUUAAGCAGACCACCUUUUAAUAGGUUGUAAUGUUAAUAUUGGCUGAUUUCAGACCAGAAGAUUCAAGUCUCCUAUUCAUGUGAUUUUUCAUUUCAUUAUUUUUUCUUCCCAGUAGAUGUGUAAGUGCUUGUUUUCCAUCUUUCAAAGACACAAUGAUUUUUGAAAAUCAGUUACAAAACCCUUACUAACAUCAGCCAAGACUUCUUAACCCCUGAAGUCGAGGCUCCCUCGUCAUCAUCCCACCCCCGGGUCUGGAGCGGACUGUUUUUGAAUACCUUACUGUUCUCGUUAGUGACCUCUGUCCCCCUCUCUGAGUUAGACAACAAGCUUUUGGGUAUCUGUCUGGCACACAGCAGCAGCUGAGGGAAACAGUCACUAUCAUUCCCUUUCCUUACCCCACCACCAAAAAGAGACACUUGUAUAAUUAGACAGUCCUGAGAUGUUGCUGUUACAGCCGUUCGUGUUUGACAUUUGUGUAGAGUAAUGCAUGCACGCGUGUACUGUAGCCUGAGAACAAAACCGCAGCUGCAUUAGACAAACUGCUUAUCUUCAGUGACUUAUAGACGGUAGUAGACAUAGAACCAUGAAUUCCGGGCACAUUCCAUCUCUCUCAAACCGGAAGGACCAAAAAGUGUUUUCCCACGCGUUCUCUGUUUCCCUCAGAAGCUUAGAGUCCCAGGUUCACGUGCUGACGCAGUCGCCUCUGUCUGCUUUGCUUCUCCCUCAGUUUUGACGUCUUAGUGACUUAGUGCAUAGACGCUUAUUCCAUAUUUUGAAGCAGGUCCCUAAAUCAUUGUCUGCAUGUUCAGAAUAACUGAGGACUUGCAGCUAUGAAGGUACACAGGGACCCGUGUGUAGCAGCAGGCACAGCGGGAAAGGAGAACAGCUAGAGUGAGAGGAUGUGUUCGUGCAUAACCUCAAACUGUUACUUGUGAACAUGCCUUACACGUGUCCUGUGUCGAA